CACCAUUUGAGCUAUGGCCACCUUUUGUACGCACAAGACCAGCGAAUAGAAACGGCAGAAACAAGAACUGGUGUGUGCACAGACGCAAGCCUUCUCCAAUGGCCAUUCAAUCCACUUCCACUCCUCUAUAUGAGAAAUUUAGCCUGAAAAGCGAUGCGAAGAGGGCAGUCGAGAUCUUCAUCUUGUUCCUCCUCGUCUCUCUUCUCGCAUAUCGGCUUGUGCACCUCGAGGACCGCGGAUUUGAAUGGCAGGUCGCGCUCGUGUGCGAGUCGUGGUUCACGUUUGUGUGGGUUCUCGUUGUCAGCACCAAAUGGAGCCCCGUGAGCUACAAAACUUUUCCUCAACGUAUCUUGCAAAGGAUCAUCGAAUUGCUUCUGUCAUGAGCUCUCGAUGCCAAACAGCUUAGCGCUACAGCUACUGGGUAAACGACUUUCCUCCGGUGGAUGUCUUUGUCACAACGGCAGAUCCGCAGCUAGAGCCACCCAUCAUCACCGUGAACACGGUCCUCUCUUUAAUGGCUGUGGACUAUCCGGCUCAUAAGCUGGCGUGCUAUGUCUCCGAUGAUGGCUGCUCGCCGUUGACCUUCUACUCUCUAAUGGAGGCUGCCAAGUUCGCAAAGCUCUGGGUCCCGUUUUGUAAGAAGUACAAUAUUCAAUUGCGAGCCCCAUUCCGGUACUUCGCCAGCGACGCGACGACAUUGUCUGGUGAAGACUGCUCAUUGGAAUUCCAACAAGCACGGGACACAAUGAAGGAUGAGUACGAGAAGCUGAUCAGGAAGAUAGAUGAUGCAACCCAAGACUCAUUCCCAUUUGAGUUUACAGGGGAGUUUGCAGCUUUCUCCAACACAGGACCUAGAAAUCACCCCACUAUUAUUAAGAUUAUACUGAAAAACAAAGGAGGUCAUCCAGAUGCAUUGCCACACCUGAUCUACAUAUCACGUGAAAAGAGACCAAAGCACCCACAUCAUUACAAGGCAGGAGCCAUGAAUGUCCUGACCAGAGUUUCAGGACUCAUGACAAAUGCGCCAUUCAUGCUAAAUGUCGAUUGCGACAUGUACGCCAACAAUCCACAGAUUGUUCUUCAUGCUUUGUGUCUCCUUCUCGGCACAAAACACGAGAGAGACUGCGCAUUUGUUCAAUGUCCACAGUACUUCUAUGAUGGAGUAAAGGACGACCCAUUUGGAAAUCAAUUGGUGGUCUUACAAGAAUAUGUGGGACGAGGGAUAGUGGGAAUUCAAGGGCCUUUCUAUGGGGGAACAGGAUGCUUUCAUCGUCGGAAAGUAAUCUAUGGGUUAUGGCCAGAUGACAUGAAGACCAAAAUGAAAAGUUUUUCCUCUAAUGGAGAAUUAACCCAGGAAGAAUUACUAAACGGUUUUGGAAGUUCAAAACAAUUCAUCAACUCUGCUGCUCAUGCUCUACAAGGCAAUUCAGAUCAUCCCAAAGAUCUUUCGAACUCUCUUGAAGCAGCCUGUCAAGUCGCUAGUUGCACCUAUGAAUACAAUACUGACUGGGGGAAAAAGGUUGGUUGGAUGUACGGAUCAACGACAGAAGACAUCCUUACAGGAAUGGCCAUCCAUACCAAGGGUUGGAGAUCACUCUACUGUUCACCAAACCCACCGGCUUUUCUAGGCUGCGCACCAUCUGGUGGGCCUGCCUCAAUGACCCAGCAAAAGAGAUGGGCCACGGGCCUGCUCGAAAUUGUAGUGAGCAAAAGGAGUCCAAUAUAUGGCACCCUAUUUAUGCAUCUCCAUUUCAGGCAGUGUUUGGCAUACCUGUGGAUCCUAAUUUGGGCACUGAGGUCCAUACCUGAGUUUCUAUAUGCUCUCCUACCAGCUUAUUGUAUCAUGACCAAUUCCCACUUCUUGCCCAAGGGACAAGAACCAGCUAUCAUAAUUCCAACAGCCAUUUUUGUCAUCUACAACCUAUAUUGUUUAUAUGAGUACUUCAUCAUUGGCUUGUCCAUACGUGCAUGGUGGAAUAACCACAGAAUACAGCGGAUAACAUCUACAUGUGCUUGGUCAUUUGGAAUCUUAAGUGUCGUACUCAAGCUCUUAGGGCUAUCAGAGACGGUAUUUGAAGUAACCAAGAAAGACCAGUCCGCAUCCAGUGAGAGUACCAGUGCCGAACUUGGAAGAUUCACCUUUGAUGAGUCCCCAAUUUUUGUACCAGGCAUUGCUCUUCUGCUGGUGCAGCUGACAGCAUUACUUACAAUGUUGUUAGGGCUGCGCCCACAAGCAUCCGGAAGUAGCUGCUCUGGCUUAGGAGAGGUGGUCUGUACAGUGUGGGCAGUUCUGUGUUUCUGGCCCUUUUUUAGGGGCCUAUUUGGGAAAGGAAAAUAUGGGAUUCCCUCGACUACUAUAAUGAAGGGAGCUAUCCUAGCAACCGUUGUAGUUUACUUCUUUAGAUUUACAUCCACAAAUUGAUAAGGGCUUUGAAUUGUUGAAUUUUGUAUUUGCAAAAUCGAAAGCAUGAUUGUACAAUUAAUCAUGCUUUUUGUUUCCAAUAGAAGACAAGAUAUUCUCAUCGUUUUUAUGAAA